ACCAAAACUUAGCGGUCGCUACUUUACCGAGCGCCAUUUUGAUCGCGAAGUAUAACAUUAAAUGGAAUUGAUGAGGUUUCUGUCUGGUAAGACGCCGUUGCAGUGCAAUUUCUUGGCAUUGCCACUGUUCUGCUAUGGUUACAUUUCCGAGUGAAGACUGACAUAGUUUUGCUGCCAAUCAACUAGGAACUCCAAUUGCAAAGCAGAGAUGGCCGACGAUCGAACAGAGGAUCCUACGUUGCUAGAUAAGUUGGAAGGGGUAACGAUAUUCGACAAGCCAUCGAGUGAAGUGAUAGGUCCAUCAAAGGUUAAACAGCCGAUGAGACUAAAGGCACCACAGAAAGAAAUGUCUGGUUCAUCCCAGGUCAAAGAGCUCACAGAAGGAAACCUAAGAGGACAGUCACCUAUACAAUUCAUAUGUCCAAGCGAGUUGAAUGACGCCCUUUCCGACACACGGAGACUACAUCUUUUUGAUCGUUUUGGAUGGUCUGUGUACAAGAUUCGACACGGAAACAUCGUUGGCUACCUAACGCUUAAAAAUGAAAUGAGUAAUAGUGGAUUACUAUCGGACUGGACUCAAGACAAGGUCUCUGUUAUUGGAUAUGGAAGAGAAUAUAAUCGGCGUAUAUCUUGGAAUAUCGAUGACGAUGGAGCUUGGAUAGUAUUUGAAGGUUCAUUACCACUAAUAGAAAUUAUCUCUGCACUGGCUCCAUUGUGUCAAGAAGUAGAACAUAUUACCACUGUUAUUCAUACGCAUGGAUCACAACCUUUCAUUCCUAUGAGAUCUGUCCUCACCGUUUGCCUUUGCUCAACUUUUGCACCACUCGAUGACUCAUUAUGGACCGUCAGUAGGUGUUUUCCAAAUGCUAGGAGUCUUGUACUAGAUUGUACAUCAUUUUUUAAAAUCACUUCCAGACACCACUCUGGCAUCCCGCUGUCUUCACUGAGAAGAUUGGAAUUACAUAUCCUAGAUUACCACGAUACUCUUGACAACCUCUUUCUCCUGCUUUCUUCUUCCUGUCAAAGUCAAAACAUUGAAUCCCUCACCGUCACAAGCGAUGAUCCUCUCAAAUGGGAGAAGUCAAGGAGAGCCAUUACAGAAUGUAAAUUACCUAAUCUGACUGAUAUCCAUCUUGAAUCUCGUUUGUCUCACGAGCACUAUGCACUCCAAAUGAUAUCAGACUUACUACGCUUAGGUCGUAUGAUGAGUCCUAGUUUGAAAUUUGUCAAAGUAAAAAGUGUAAAGCUAGGAGAUGUAGUUAUGAAGAGUAUUGAAUGGUCCCGAACAUCAUCAGAUUGUGUGGUGCAGAUUCAAGAUGUAUCACUACUCGCAAAAAGGUUGGCUUUUGGAUACGCAUUGCGAAAGUCAGCGGCUGUACCCAUAACCAAGUUAAUCGAUAUUACAACCAGUGAAUUUAAAGAUGUUACUGUCCUUACACUUGUCAGUUGCAAGAUUGAUUUUGGGCAGUCUAAACGUAAGUCCCAUCAAAGCCCGAAGGAUCUUGGUACGUUGCGGGAAAUAAGGUUCUUUAGUUCAGAAUACCCACUUUCUGAAUCUGAUAGGAAAAAGCUUGUUGAGUUGUAUCCUAAUGUCAAAGUGACUGAAAAACAGGAGAGUCAGGAGUCAUCUGAAGAAUCUCAGGAGGGUUCAGGGAUACCUUCCAAGUUGGACCAAGCCUCCUCUCAAUCACUCAAGACAUCUGCCAUAGAUAAACUUUCUGAGGUAAAGGUUGAAUUUCAUGAAGACACAGGCUCACAGAACCCUGAAGGUGGAGAAGAAGAAACAUCAUGGCAAGAAAAAGAAGAGGAAUUUGACGUCAACAAAGGAAGCCUGUCAAAUGAAUCAGUACCCGAUGAAGGAGAUGUCGAAACAACCAAGAAAGAGUGCUGCAAGAGAGUUGGAGCCGAUGGUGGUAGACUGCGGCUAGAAUCCUUUGGGAUUGAACUUGAGAUACCUCCUGGUGCAAUCAAAAGCAAAGAGCCACAGGAAAUCUGUCUACGUGUCCUGACCGAUACUCCUAAUCUUGGUGACUCCAAAGACGAGAUGUCAAUCUGCUUUGGUGUACAAUGCUUAGCUCCUGAUGACUUAAUUCUGAGGUCACCGGUGACUUACACAUUACCUCAUUGCGCUGUUGCAGCACGGUACUCCAGUUUACAGGCAGUCCUAUACUCAGGAGAGGGGGAAUACUCGCCACAUGCAGUUAUCAAAGAACGGAAAGUACUGUCACAAUCAGGAAUCCCCAGCUGCAAAAUCAAGAAGGACGUACUCGAACUCAAGAUGGAUCAUUUUUCGUGGGCGAAGAUUAAAAUCAUGAUCAAGAACUUAUUCUUUCGCGGAAAAAGGAUGUGCUUCGUGCCGUUUAAAGAGAAGAACUUGCCCUUGACAAAGACACCUCUUAUCUUACAUGCCAACUUUUAUGAUGAUGUGCAAGGGAACAAGGAGACGGUUAAGAGCGAUCAAGAGGAACUAGGAUACAAACCGGCUUAUGAUGAACAACAUGUGUUUAUUAAGAAGGCAGAAGUUGAUCUUAAGGUGACAUAUUGUGUGGACGGCAACGAAGAACGAAGUGCGGUAAGGCCUAUUUGUCUCGCCCACCGAGGCGAGACUUGGGGAUCCAAAUGUCGUCCGUCGUCCGUCCGUCACAAAAAUCCCGACUUUUUACUGUGCAACGCAGACGGACUUUACGACUGUAUAUUGAUUUUGGAAGAGAUCUUUGGGCCCCUCGUAAAACACUGUCCUGCAAUUAAAGUUGUGUGACAUGAUAUUAUUUUUUUUUCGUUUCGCAUCUGGAACGGUAACAUUCAAUUUGCGUUUCGUGUGCAGAAUUUUGCUUCUAUGGCAAUACAGCGAUAUAUCCGACUUAGGACGAGUUUCCAGAGCCAUAUUUGGUUCCUCCCAAAGCUGGAGAUGCCGCCC